AUUUAAAUGAAGGCGCAGGGUUUGUUUUGGAUCAGAUGGAAGCCUUUUUUCCGAUGCAAAGAGCUGUAGAUUGUCUUUAAAAUUAAAUAAACAAUGAUGGCACUUGUUUGGAGGACUAUAGCGAUAUUUGUUUUUGCACAUGUUGUUGAGUCUGGCAAACCUAAACCAUGUGAUGAACCAGAAGAUUAUUUGGAAAAGCAGCUGGAAGACAAGCAUCAUUCCUCAAAACCGUUCCACCACGGGCAGAAUGAGGAAUCUAGAAGUGCUCCUGCUUAUGCGCCCAUGGGUGGCAGUCCAAAAUCAUGCUUUAUUGCCAUUGCCAAUGGUCAGGCAACCCCACAAGACGUCGUGGUUAACACCAUUGUUACAAUCACCUGCUUCCCUGGAUUCAAACUGAAUGGAGCAUCUAAAGUCACCUGUGGAGCAGAUGGUUCCUGGACCCCAAGUGUUCCCACCUGUGUGCCAGUUUCUGCGGUAAAGUGUCCAGUCCUUGCCAUUGCCAAUGGUCUGGUAUCCACACCAACUUGUUCAUGUAACAGUGGUGUUACAAUCACCUGCGCUCCUGGAUUCAAACUGAAUGGAGCAUCUAAACUCACCUGUGGAGAAGAUGGUUCCUGGUCUCCAAGUGUUCCCAACUGUGAGCCAGUGACUUGUUCAAGACCUGUGGUGACCAACGGAGUGCUAAAAAGUGGAGCGAAGUCAUCGUACAAACACCGUGAUACUGUGACCAUUGCCUGCAAGACUGGCUGUUCCUUGACUGGUGCAUCAGUGGCCAAAUGUGGAUCAGAUGGCCAGUGGCAGAGCUUGCCCCAAUGUACGAUCUCUACAUAACAUUGAUGGCUGGCUUGAUGUAUUUUGACCAAUUUAAUGGGAAAACUUUCCAUUAAUUAUUGCUGAUGUCUAUGUCAUCUGUACUUGUUCCAUCUAUAUUUUGUGCCAUUAAAGGACGAG